AUGCCCCAUCGGUACUGCUUGGCUCAGCCAUUACUCAGCCCACCCACUGCUCGCCUCACGGUUGCUGCACGGCUGCACUCCACUCUGCUACUGCACCCAAUAACGUCAUCGUCCAACGUCUGCCCUUCUUCGCCCUCCACCACCUGCGCUUCUGCUCCCACUCCCAGAGCCCGUCUGCGUCUGCGUCUGCGCCUGCGUCCGCGUCCAAGCUCCCGGCUCAAUGGCCCAUGGCCCUCUAUCCUAUCCAUCCGUUCCCCAUCCGCUGCCUGUCAGCCGCCUCGACGCGCCCUCUUGUGCGCCUCCUUGUUGCGUCUUAGCGCUGGUAUAGCCGCCAAGGCUGAGUCGUGGGUGACCUUCUGCAAUCAUGGCGGCGGCGCAAUUGCCUCUCGGCACGUGCCAGACACAUCACCCAUUGGUGGAUAG